AUGGCACUCACUGAAGAUGGCAGUGCUAUUAUUCAGAACAAGCUUCUACCAAAGCUAAAGGAUCCAAAGAGUUUUUCUAUACCUUGUGCUAAUGGUGGUUCUAAAUUUUCUAAAGCUUUGUGUAAUCUGGGUGCUAGUAUGUCACUGAUGCCUUCAUCUGUUAUUAAGAAACUUGGACUUAAGGAGAUUCAACCUAUUAUAGUUACUUUUCAAUUAGUAGAUAAGACAAUUCGGUACUAUGUUGGGAUCAUAAAGGAUAUGGAAUCUGACAAUAUCAAUGUUUCUUUUGAAUCAAAUGUUCAUUUUCUGGAGGAAUCUGAUGAUUGUCUGCAGAUUGAGCAGUUGGGAGCAACAGAUAAAAAGAAGCCAUGCCAACCCAAAAAACGAAAGCUAACUUCAAAGCUUUGGACAUUCUUUGAACAUUUGCCAAAAAAGAACUCAAGUGAUGGAAAAUCAAAAGUAAAGUGCAAGCUCUGUGGGUAUAUUUUGAAUUAUGAAAGCAAGUAUGGGACAGGUAAUUUGAAACGUCAUAAUGAUAAUUGUGUUAGGAAAGACACACGUGAUAUAGGUCAAAUGAUAUUUUCUAAAGAACAUAAUUCAAUGCUAAUGAGGUCUUCAAAAUUUGAUCCUGAAAAGUUUCAUAAAUUAGUGGUAGCUGCAAUUGUGAUGCAUAAUUUGCCUUUAUCAUUUGUGGAGUAUACUGGAAUUAAGUCUAUGUUGUCUUAUUUGCGUGAAGAUGUUGUUCUGAUCUCUAGUAACACUGUUAAAGUUGAUAUAAUUAGGAUGCAUAAAAGAGAAAAAUGUAAGAUACAAUCCUUGCUUCAAGAAUCACCUGGGAGGAUUUGUUUGACUUUUGAUUUGUGGACUUCUGUUGUUACUAAUGGGUAUACGUGUCUUACUGCUCAUUUUGUUAACAAAAAUUGGGUUCUACAAAAAAGAAUCUUGAAUUUUUCCUUUAUGCCACCUCCACACAGUGGUGUUGCUUUGAGUGAAAAGAUUUAUGCAUUGUUAGUUGAAUGGGGAAUUGAAAGUAAAUUGUUUUCAAUAACAUUGGAUAAUGCUUCUGCAAAUUAUACUUUUGUUGAUUUGUUGAAAGUGCAAUUGAAUAUGAGAAAGCAACUUUUAGGAAGAGGCAAGUUUUUUCAUAUAAGAUGUUGUGCUCAUAUACUUAAUUUGAUUAUGCAAGAUGGUUUGAAAGAAGUUGAUAGUGCGAUCCAAAAAGUGAGAGAAAAUAUUAAGUAUGUGAAAGGUUCUCAAGGGAGAAAACAAAAGUUUUUAGAGUGUGUGAGCCUAGUGAAUUUGAAUGCAAAAAGAGGCUUAAAACAAGAUGUGCCAACUAGGUGGAACUCUACAUUUCUCAUGCUUGAAAGUGCACUUUAUUUUCGCUUGGCCUUUUCUCAUUUGGAAAUUAAUGAUUCAAAUUUCAAGCAUUCUCCAUCUAGAGAUGAAUGGGAUAGAAUUGAGAAACUUAGCAAGUUCUUAAGUGUAUUUUAUGAGAUUACUUGUGUGUUUUCUGGAACAAAGUAUCCCACAGCCGACUUGUACUUUCCUUCGAUAUUCAUGGCACGCAUGACCUUGGAAGAACAUAUGAGUGGAGAUGAUAGUUACACAAAGCUUUAUGGGAGUGAUUCAACUGAAUUUAAAAAGGUUAAAGAUCAUUUAUUUGCUCUUUAUGAUGAAUAUGCUGUCAAGGUUCCUAAUACUUCAUCUGCUUUAAAUGACACGCCUUUUGAUGAGAAAAAGGUGCACAAGGGAAAAAACGAGUUCUUAAAGGAGUUUGACAAUUUUCAACGUGAGUUUGGGACUGCGAAGAACAAAUCUCAACUGGAGCAAUAUUUGGAUGAACAAAGGAUUAAAACGACAAUUGAAUUGGAUAUUUUACAAUUUUGGAAGACAAAUCAGUUUCAUUAUCUUAAGGUUUCUACCAUGGCUCGAGAUAUCUUGGCCAUUCUUGUAUCGACAGUGGCUUCCGAGUCUGCUUUUAGUGAUGGCGAUAAAGUUCUUGAUCAAUAUCGAAGCUCACUUAAACCAGAUGUUGUGGAGGCAAUUUUAUGUUGUACGGAUUAG